AUGGCACUGAGCUCAAUCUUAGCAGAACCACGGAUCAUCUAUCGCCUGCCACCUGGUAUACGGUGUCCCGAGUCAGCUAUCUCAGUUCGAAGAGAGCUAAGCAAGGACUUUGGGAUGAAACUUAUACCGUUGGAAUUCAAGGAUAAGAUUGAAGAAGCUGAUGGUGAAAUGCCGGAUUUCGCCUACGACGAUGGCGAUUCCUUGUCUCCUGGGCAGCUAGAGACACUCUGGGAAAAUAUUCAGGAGAUAUAUAUAUCAAGGCAACAGAGUGUAGCCGACUCUCCCAAGACGAGAAUGCUUGGUCUUUGCAAGUUGCAAACAAUAGAGCCUGAGAUACUGCCACGCCUACCUCAUCACGAUUUAAGCGACAUCAGCAGCAGCAAGGUCAACUACGUCUUUGCACUUUUCCCUCGAAGCUCAGAAAUUGGGGAAAGUUUAUGGUGGUUUGAGCGUGAACGAAUACCCUUGGGCCUAACAACUGACCCAGGUCUGUCAUUCACACCACUCUUCGCUGGUGUUAUAGUCAGGGAUACAAGUGGUAACCUCGAGGAAGCAACGCUUCAACUAUCACUUCUGUUUGCAGCACAAUUCGAGAAGCUCAUACGACUGAGCAAGCUUCAAGGCAAAGAGAUAAGCGGGUACCAGUUACCUCUGAUGUUUGGCUGGACGGUCUUUGGGAGUGAUUGGCAUCUUUAUUACGCCUAUAGAUGCAUUGUCGGGGGCAAAGAGACGAUGUAUGUCAAUAAGGCUAUCGCUGCCAUAUGCCCUAACACAACAACCGAUUUAUACUAUGGUAUCUUCAAGAUUAUUGAUCUCGUACGCCGGGUUGCUACAUAUUUGGAGAAUGUCCAUUGGCCUUUGCUGCGCGACAAUAUUCUGUGUCCACCUGUGAAUCUUGGAGUGCAGGCUUGA